UAAUAAUAGGGGUGCUGCUUUGUAGGUUUUAUUUUUUAAGUCUUUGUAGGUUUUAUUUUUUAAGUCAAGGGUGAAAAGAAUAACCCCCAAUCCCCACAUAAAGACGCGUCAGAAACCUAGAUCUGAGAUGGAAAAGGCUCACAGCGCACUUCGCAAACUGCAAACAGUCGGGAGAUGUUUGCAGUUGGUUGUGUGAGUGGAGCGCAGGGAGGGAACGAACGCGGCAGGCAGAGUAGGCUUUGGAGCUGGGGAAGGGGGAUGCACCGCUCAGUGCAACGUGGAUGCGGUAGUGGGGCUGAGAACUUUGAGCCGGCCCCAGGGACUGUCCCCUGCUCGGGUUCCUGACCUGAAGCUAGCGCAGUUAGGCAGGUGGGGGAAAUCCCGGAGAAGCUUCCAGUAGCCUCCUUUCCUUUCCUCCUCCUUCGGAGCGCCCACUCUGGUGCCGGGGCGCCCUCCACCCAUUGGGAAGAGGGGCCUCGAACCCUCGGUCUCGCUGCCUCCGCCUCCUGCGCGGAGACGUAACGGGGGACCCGUGCGUAACGGCUGACGCGCUGGAAUCCUCCGUCUGACGCGGGGCACGCACGGCGCGCGGCGCCCCCUUCGUCCGCCCCGCCCCUGACGUCCCGGGAGCGUUCUAUUUUGGAACGCCGGGGCCACGUUGCUAAGGGAGGGGGUAGCCCGGCGUUUCUAUUGGUCGCCGGGGCGCGGGCCUUGGCCAAUCAGCUUUCCCUUCCUAUUUGUAGCGUGCAUUUUCCUCCCCCCUCUCUGUCCCCGGAACCCAUGGUUCUUUGGCGGCUGGGUCUCUUUUCGGCACCUCUAGAAAGGCAGAGCGAGGGGAUCCCUGUCGUGACAAGGGCGGCUUUCUGCGAUCCAAUGUAUCUGCGAGGCCCUUGCGGGGAUCGGGUCCCUGGGCUCUCAGGAGCAGGGAGUGUCUGUGUGCCGGCAUUUCUUGGGGAGAUGCGGUGGCUGUCACCCUCUUCUCCAGGCACACAGAGACACGUUCCCACUCCGUCUGCUCCAGAUGCCCAGUCCCUGCGGUACGUCCCAAGACCGGACUAGAACCGCAAACCAAAGGGCAACCAGCCAGGUGGUCUCCAGGAGCUCCGCCCCCUCUGGGUUCCCAGGACGCUGAUUGGCCGGCGAGCCAGCCCAUCCCUCACCACGCCCCCCGAGAGAGUAGUUAAGCCUUCAGAGCAGUUCCAGGAGUCCAUUUACGGGAGGGGGGAGAUGAGCGCUGCUGAGGCUUGGGGGCUCAGGUCUCGAACCAUCCCCCUCCGCGACAAUCUAAGGGAGCCCCCGUGGUUACUUUUCUCUACCUGUCGGUUCACCCUACCCCGUCACUCGUCAGUUUCACUCUGAGAAGAGACAGUAACUUGAAACGUCGUUCUAAACUCCUAGGCCCGUCCCCCAAACAUCCUUUUUACUGGGACCCCCACCCCUGCAUGGGACCUCGCGCACUGGGGUGUGUGUGUGUGUGAGUGAGUGAAGAGAAGGCUUGGCCUAAGGCCUCUCCUUCUCCCUCCCCUUGUCUCUGGGGUGGGGGUGGGGUGUUGUGGCUGUGUGUGUGGCUGUGGCUCCGUCCCGGGGGUUCUGUCACCCGGCUGUGUCCAGCCUCCUCUCCACCCCCCACACCUAAGAGUCACCAAGCCGGGGUGUGAUUCACCACCCGCUGGAACCAUGCAACCUUUCCCCGAGGAAGAAGGAGGAGGUAGAAGCCAGUUGAGCAGAAAUCCUCUCAUUAACCACUGCGUCACGGUGUAGUGGAAGGGAGUGCGCCGGUCUCGGGGAAAUGCCCGGUUCCUUCGUGCCCACGGUCACCGCGAUCACAACCAGCCAGGAUCUCCAGUGGCUUGUGCAACCCACCCUCAUCUCUUCCAUGGCCCAGUCCCAGGGGCAGCCACUGGCCUCCCAGCCCCCGGUCGUUGACCCCUACGACAUGCCGGGAACCAGCUACUCCACACCAGGCAUAAGUGGCUACAGCAGUGGCGGAGCAAGUGGCAGUGGCGGGCCUUCCACCAGCGGAACCACCAGUGGGCCUGGGCCUGCCCGCCCAGCUCGAGCCCGGCCUAGGAGACCCCGAGAGGAGACGCUCACCCCAGAGGAAGAGGAGAAGCGAAGGGUGCGCCGGGAACGAAAUAAACUAGCAGCAGCUAAAUGCAGGAACCGGCGGAGGGAGCUGACCGACCGACUCCAGGCGGAGACAGAUCAGUUGGAGGAAGAAAAAGCAGAACUGGAGUCGGAGAUCGCCGAGCUCCAAAAGGAGAAGGAACGUCUGGAGUUUGUGCUGGUGGCCCACAAACCAGGCUGCAAGAUCCCCUACGAAGAGGGGCCUGGGCCGGGCCCGCUGGCGGAGGUGAGAGAUUUGCCGGGCUCAGCACCGGCUAAGGAAGAUGGCUUCAGCUGGCUGCUGCCGCCCCCGCCACCACCGCCCCUGCCCUUCCAGACCAGCCAAGACGCACCCCCCAACCUGACAGCUUCUCUCUUUACACACAGUGAAGUUCAAGUCCUCGGCGACCCCUUCCCCGUUGUUAACCCUUCGUACACUUCUUCGUUUGUCCUCACCUGCCCGGAGGUCUCCGCGUUCCCCGGCGCCCAGCGCACCAGCGGCAGUGACCAGCCUUCCGAUCCCCUGAACUCGCCCUCCCUCCUUGCUCUGUGAACUCUUUAGACACACAAAACAAACAAACACACGAGGGAGAGAGACUUGGAAGAGAAGGAGGAGGAGGAGGAGGAGAGAGAGGGGAAGAGACAAAGUGGGCGUGCGGCCUCCUUGGCUCCUCCGUCUGACCCUCUGCGGCCGCUGCGCCAUGCCAUCGGACACGAGGAUUCGUUGUAUUUUGUCCAGCCUCUUGUUUCUGUGCCCCGGCGAGGCCGGAGAGCUGGUGACUUUGGGGGCAGGGGGUGGGAAGGGGAUGGACACCCCCAGCUGCCUGUUGGCUCUCUGACGUCAACCUAAGCUCUGGGGAUGGGUGGGGAGGGAGGUGGGGUGACGCCCACCUUCGGGCAGUCCUGUGUGAGGAUGAGGGGACGGGGUGGGAGGUGGGCUGAGGGGGCGGGCUGCAGUCCUCUCCAGAGAGGCUCAACAAGGAAAAAUGCCACCCCUACGCAGCGUCUCCUAUACCCACCCUUUUAGGGGGGGCAUAGGUUGGUUUCCCGUGUACUCCCGACUUUAGCUUAUUUAUCUCACAUUUCCAUGGGGUUAGAUCCUCUUUCCCUCUGGGCAGAAUUGAGCCCCCCCUUAAAGGGAAUUCGAUGCCCCCCUAGAAUAAUUGUACCCCGACCAGACUUCUUUUGAAAUGUGAACGUCCUUCCCUGACUGUCUAGCCACGACCUCCCAGGAAAACUGGCUCCGAUUGGAAUCUCUGGCCUCCUAAGGCUCCCCACCCCGAAAUCAGCCCCCAGCCCUGUUUCUGAUGACAGUGUUAUCCCAAGCCCCUGGCCCCUGCCAGCCGACCCUCCUGGCCUUCCUCGUUGGGCGGCUCUGAUUUCAGGCAGCAGGGGGUGCUGUGAUGCCGUCCUGCUGGAGUGAUUUAUACUGUGAAAUGAGUUGGCCAGAUUGUGGGGUGCAGCUGUGUGGGGCAGCACCCCUCUGGAGGAAUAAUGUACCCCACUCCCUAAAGUCUCUCCUCAGUUUCCUCUCCAUCCCCCUUCUCCCUCCCCUCAACAGUGAGUUAGACUCAAGGGGGGUGACAGAACUGAGAAGGGAUGACAGUCCUCCGUCUAUGUGGCCUCUCUCUCUCUCCUCAGGACCCUCAGCCCUAAGCCCUGGCCUUUUUCUUCAAGGCUCCUGACCCAUCCCCAGCCAAGGACGCCACCUUCUCCCAUCCCUUGGCCCCCAACAUCCUCUCUAGGAAGGGAGCAAGGGGGUGUGACAUUUUUCCGGAGAAGAUUUCAGGGCUGAGGCUUUAGUACCCCUAAACCCCUAAUAUUUUUGGACUGGCAAACUCAUGGGGCUGGAAUCUCACGAUCCCAUGCCCAAGUCCCCCCAGCCCCAACCCUGGUUUUAGCUCUUCCACCCCGCCGUUCCCUGCGCUUCAUCUCAUGAGGAUUUGUUUAUGAGGCAAAUUUAUAUUUUUUAAUAUCGGGAGGGUGGGCCACGCCACCCUCCAUCCGUGCUGCAUGAAAAACAUUCCACGUGCCCCUUGUCACGAGUCUCCCAUCCCGAUUCCAGACCCAUUCCGUAGCUAUUUAUCCCUUUCCUGGUUUCUGAAAGGCAAUUAUAUCUAUUAUGUAUAAAUAAAUAUAUUAUAUAUGGAUGUGUGCGCGUGAGUGUGCGCGUGCGCGUGAGUGUGUGAGCGCUUCUGCAACCUCGGCCUUUGUCCUGUUGGCCCUUAAAGCGAGCCAUUGACUUGGAAACUGCUUCUAGAAAACUGGCUCAGCCUGUCUCGGGCUGACCCUUUUCUGAUCGUCCCAGCCCCUCUGAUCGUUCCUGACGGUCUCUCUCCCUCCAUCUUUUCUCCCUGUCUAUGUUCAUCUGACCAUUUCCACUUGCCUCCUUUGUGACUGUCCCUGCGGAUGCCCCAGCUGUUGUCUGGCUCUGGGUUCACUGGGACAUGAGAUUUUACUUUCUGUGAGUAAGCCCGAGGGAUCGUAGAUUUUUAUAAUCUGUGAGAAUUCUGGGUGCGAGUGUGAGAAUGUGAGCAGGGCCUGCCCCUGCCAAUCACAAUUCAAUGAAUCCCUGGCCCCCCCACCCCCUGCUGUAUUUGUGGUUCUCUUUUUGUAUUUUGCACCUGACCCCAGAGGGAGGCUGGGGCAGACUGGCGAUGGGCCGUCCCCUCUCCCUUGGUUCUGCACUGUUGCCAAUAAAAAGCUCUUAAAAAUGCA